AGCUUCCCAUCUCAUAAAGCUUUGUAUACUCUUAAUUACUAUUCUGAGUAUUUGUCCUUUCAACAUGGAACUCACUUUUAACCACCAACAACUUGGCCUUGUUUGUGUCAUACUACUCUUACCUCACCUUUGUUUCUCACAAGACUCUUUUACUGACUCAAGAGCAACAUAUUACGGUAGUCCAGAUUGCUACGGGACCCCAAGGGGAGCUUGUGGCUUUGGAGAAUAUGGAAGGACAGUGAAUGAUGGCAGUGUUGCAGGUGUGUCUAAGCUAUGGAAGAAUGGUAGUGGCUGUGGUGCAUGCUAUCAGGUGAGGUGUAAAAUACCUCAAUACUGCGAUGAAAAUGGAGCAAACAUUGUGGUAACAGACUACGGCGAAGGAGAUAGAACAGACUUCAUAAUGAGUCCUCGCGGCUACUCAAGAUUAGGGCGCAACGAAGACGCAUCUGCAGAGCUCUUCAAAUACGGUGUAGUAGAUGUUGAAUACAAAAGAGUUCCAUGCAUGUACAACGGCUAUAACAUAGUGACUCAAGUCCAUGAAAACAGCAAAAACCCUGAUUACUUGGCUGUUGUGGUUCUGUACGUAGAUGGAAUGUAUGAUGUCAAUGCUGUUGAGAUAUGGCAGGAAGAUUGCCAAGAAUGGGAGCUAAUGAGGAGGGCCUAUGGAGUGGUGUUUGACUCGGCGGAUCCUCCAAAUGGUGAAAUAUAUUUGAGGUUUCAAGUGAGUGGAAAUGAUGGUGUUUAUUGGGUGCAGUCGAAGAAUGCUAUUCCUAGUGAUUGGAAAGCUGGUGCUGCAUAUGACACCAUGGUUCAGCUUAAUUAGAAUUAGAAAGAUCUCAGGAACACAAUAAAUAUAUUGGCACCAGUAUCCAAUUAGUUUCUGAUAGUGAUGCUCUUUUGUCUUAAGGUUUCUAAAUAAGAAUUCAUGUACUUUUCAUCUUAGACUAUACAUGGAAUUUGAAUAAAAUAAAAUGUACUACACUUUCUCUUUAAUGAAUAGAAAGAUCCUAGACAUUUCUC